GGAACUGUCUCUACAAGAUCUGGCCGGCAUUAGACGGUUCAAAAAUACUAAUAUUAAAAAACAACAGUAGUAGUUGUUUUGCUUUUAAAAUUAAGCUAGGGGCAAAUUAUUAUAAAAAAGGGCAACUACCGUGUUACACAUAACCAUAAAAUAUCUAUCGUUACUCUGAUUUCUUUGAUGCAUAUUGUUACUGACUAACGCUCAAUCAAUCCAGCAAGAUACAAUACUUCGAGUCAGGCAGGGCUGAUUGCCAUGCCGGUGAAGCUCCAAGGCAUGUAUGGCCAUGCUGGCACCCCCUGCUCCUCCAGCCGCUCCAGUGGCAGUGACAGCAGCAUCAAGGAGCUGCUUGGGGCCCUGUGCAACACCUGUCUGUCUGGGGUGUCAUGGAAGCGGAGGGCACUGGGUGCAGUCUCGCGAGAGCGAGCAUGCAGAGUUUUGCAAAACCGUGCUUAUCUCACCCUCCUGGCUAAGAUCUUCCAGCGGGGAACUGCAGAAAGCUCCCCCAAACCCAGCCUUGUCACCACUAUACCUCCCAGAAACAAGGUGCUCAUGAUCUCCUUCAACCUGCGGCUGUCUGGCUGUGCAGAUAAGGCUGACAGGCUGGAGCAGCUGCUGGGGGAGCUGCCGAAGGGGCCAACCUCUGGUGUUGGGGAGCUGGAUUCUGUGCUUGAGCUUCUCGUCCAGCUGGCCGGCUCAGUACCCCCGCCUCCCCCCUCUUUCAGCUGGGACUAUAUGAACAGGGAGUUGCCAGUGCAGAGACACCCCCAGCUCACGGGCUACCAGAGCCAAGAGCUGUGGAGGCAGGAAGCCAGGGUUUGGUCCCUCAUUUGCAGGGAAGAGUGGUGGGCACUGGGGGCUUGUAAGGGGACUCUGGGGGUGAUAGAUGCUCCACCAGGGACAGGACUGUUGACACUGGGGUGGAGGGAUGAGUUGGAAGAGCGUUUUGAGAGAGAAACACGUCUGUCGCUGUUUGGAGCCCUUCAGCACACUCGCACCUCAGACCUGGACAUAAGACUGGACUUGCCCCCGGUUCCCAGCAACAUCGAGAUCACUGGCCUGGCGAUACGGGUUCCCCCUUAUUUGGAUCAGUCUGAAGACGAGGGCUUCCAAUCAGCUUCCAACUUGACACCAGACUCGCAGUCCGAGCCGAGCCCAGGUCCGGAGAUCGAUAUCUGGGAGACUUUGCGAAACUACAAGUCUGGCCGACGACGCUGCUGGGAGACUAUUGGCUGUCCUCCUGGGAGAAAGGAAGUGCCGUACCUCACUGAGGCAGGCAGGGAGGCAUUUGACCAUCUAUAUAGGCUGUGGGAGGACCAGGUGAGAGCACUGAGCUCCAUCAUAACCAUGGCUGUGCUACCCUUACCCCUCCUCAGCCAGACUCAGCUGGUGGCCGAUCUGCUUAACAUGCUCAUCGGGGUAGCAUCUGGCACCUUCCCUCUGAACCCGGUCAGCGUGCAGUUCGAGGUGCGCCCCGGCGUGUGCAUUUCGGGCACGACACCUGAAAGCAUAACACUUCUCCUGGGGGAGCUCGCUCAGUAUGGCACCCACUACCUCAGGCUGUGCCACUUCUCCUUGCAGAGUGCCCACAAACGAGGCCUGGUCUUUCAGGCUUUUGCAGGCAGCCUGCGGCGGUACCUUCACUACUACAGAGCAUGUGUGCUUUGCACCCCCCCCACUCUCAGCCUACUCACCAUCGCCUUCCUCUUCCGGAAGCUGGGUAGGCAGCUCAGGUACCUGUCUGAGCUUUGCUGUGUGGAUGGGAGCAUGGCCGCUGGCCAGAACAUUUUCCCUGCGGGUGUGAAACUCUUGUCCUACCUGUACAAUGAGGCCCAGAGUAACUGCAGCAAUGAGAACUACCCUAUUCUGCUCUCCCUGCUGAAGAGCAGCUGUGAGCCUUACACAAGGUUUGUGUCUGACUGGGUGUACAGUGGGGUGUUCCGGGAUGUUUACGGAGAGUUCAUGAUCCAGGUCAAUGAUGACUACCUCAGCUUUCGAGACAAGAACUUCUGGGUGCAGGGGUACACCCUGAUCUCUCAGAAUGUUGAAGAAUGUGUUCCGGUCUUUCUGCGUCACAUUGCCAAUGAUGUGUACGUCUGUGGGAAAACCAUCAAUUUGCUGAAGAUAUGCUGCCCCCAGCAUUAUAUCUGCUGGUCCGAGCUGCCUUUGCCCCGGAUUGCUGUCACCUUCUCCUUGCAAGAAGUGGAGGAGAUUGAGCGUGACUGUGCUGUGUAUCGAGGCCGCAUGGAAAGGAUUGCCAAGCAGAGUGCCCUCAGCAGGGAGGAGAUGACCCUGCAUGCAGAGCAGGCUCGACAGGAGCUGAUUGUGCAGGUCAGAGAGUCUACAGCCAAGACUCUGGAGAACAUUCGAGGCCGCCAGCUGUCUCAGCAUCUGGCGGCAGAAGCCAAGAAGAGGGAGCUUUUCGAGGAGCUGAAGGAGCACCUGGAGCAUGACCAGGAGGUGAGAGUGUGACACAGAUGCUUUUCGCCUGUGAACAAUCUUGAGGACUGUUACAAUCCCAGGUCUAGGUCUAGGAUUAACAUUGUUAUUAUUUUGGGUUAGGACCAAAAACACCACAGACACCAAAACAUAAGAUAAAAUAGAAAGUUAUGCUUUUAUUAACGCGUGUGGCAAGUAAAGUGACGAAUGACAAUACCUAAACGGCGGGAGGCUAUAGGCGGCGUCAAAGAAAAGAAAUAAACAAAAGGGUCUAAAUAACCUACCUAUCCAUUUAAUCUCCAAAGGAGAACUACUCAGUCCUAACCAAAAGUACAUAGGUUACACCUGCCCCUAAACUGGUGUGACUAGACAUUCAGUAUUUCUACGUGUGGUAAAUGUACAUGCGCGCACAUUAUAAACUGAGCCCCACAGCCUUAGGAGUCAGGUACCGGUAUCUUGGCUACUACAAUGAGCAAUUUGUCGUUUAGGAUAAGUCCUCGCACUUAAGCCAUCACGGUGUAAACGUGCACCAACAUCAAGCACAAAGGCAUCUACACUAGG